AAAUUGGUUGUUAAACCAAAUAACAAAAAUAACCCGUUUGCAAGGCAUUUAAAAAUGGCUUAGCGUCAAUUUGAAGAGGAGGACGAGGAAACACCUGAGAUGAAGUUUGUACGUAGCAAGAGGGGUCCGGUUAACCGAGAUGCUUCGACUUCAACUGCAACUGCCAAACAAUCUCACACCACUGGACCUAAACUUAUCUCACAAUUGAUUGAUUGAGCUGUCAAAUUAGAGGAGCAAGGUGAAAAUGAUAGGAUCACGAUUGCAAGGAUGAAGUUAGAACAACACCCAAAACGAAAAGAGGCCAUGGAUCUAUUCAACCGUGGAUGCAAGAAAGAGCUGAAGCCUGAACAUAUAAUUGAAGUAGCAAAUAAAUUGAAGAACGACAGCACAGCUUCUUUCUUCUGUCAUAUGUCUAAGGAUUUUCAGUGGGCAUGGUUGAGAAAUGAAGCUGGGGUAUCCCAAUUUUAUCAGGACAAGUAACAUCAAUUAUCUUCAAAGGUUUUCCUCAAAAAAAAUAUCAAAUUUAUCAGAUUUAAAUAUUAUCUAUUUUCCUUUUGUUUGUAUUUUCAUUCUACAAUUUUAAGUUUACUUCUCAUUGCAAAAGAUGUGUACAAGUCACUAUAUAUAUAUAAUAGGUUUGAUUUGGACAUAUAAAUAUAUGUAUGAUACUUUCUUCAAAUGUUACAACUAACUGCAAUAAGGAUAACAUUAUGUUAAAGAAGAAGUGUUGCUAGAUUUGAGUAAUAAAAAGACAACUGCUAAUU